UUGCUUUGGCAGUAAGUUUCGCCGCACUUUAGCUUUCGAAAACCCUGUGCCGGGGAGAAAUGCCUUCACUGGGACGCACACAGACUCCUCGACUUCAGCCAUGGCUGACGCUAUUAGGUGCGCCUGCGAGUCACUGAACUCCGCGCUGGGCUACCUGGUCACGAUGAGGAUCUCCGAGGUCCGCCACUGCUUCGAGCUCCUCGGAGUGGCGCACGUAGAGGUGCUCGCAGGUGUGAUUGUUUUCAUUCUGAUGCAGUUCACCAAGUUCACGGCCGUCCUGAUGUUGGCCAUUCUCCUGGCGUACGGCAUUUUCUACCUGUGGGACACCUUCUUCCCAGAAAUCAGUCAUCUCGGUCGCAGGGGAAUGAAGAUGUUCCGAAACGUGCGCACCUCCGCCAACUUGCCUCCAUUUGCUUCAGACACUGAGGAGACGCCUGGAGAGUACCAGAUCCGUCCGAGGAGCCAGCACUACACCACUGGCAUGAUAACUCCCCCGAACACCAUCAACAUGCCGAUGCUCCUGCCGAUGGUACAAACGAAUAAUCUCAGGACGACAAGCCUGCAAACGGAUCGUAGAAGGCAGGAGGAGGAGAACAGGAGGGGAUCCCGUGGAAGAGGACACUCGGCACAUCAGGAAUCGCAGGACACGGAUAGGAAGCACCGAAGAGAGAGACCCAACUGGCGAUCUGUUCACUCCGAUAUUGAAAGGGAGCAACCGUCUACAUCCAAGAAGGCUCAUCAUGGAUCCAGUGGCGGAGGUGAGUCCAGGCGGAUGUCCAAUGUAGUGAAAACCCCGACCAUUACCAGCGGAAUGGUGGACACCAGGAGACUUUCCAACGUGACCAGAGACCAACUCAAGCGACUGCCCAACAUCACGAGCGGAGAGUCGCGGAGGACAGCCAAGGAAGCAGGUGGCGCCAACAAUUUCAAGAAGUUGCACCACAUAACCAGUGGGGAGCUCACGGAGUCCCGAAGGAUUCCGAGAAUAACCAGUAAUACCACUGAAUCCAGAUGGCUACCCAGGGGGGAAAUGAAAGAAUCGCGGAGGAUCCAACAGAUAACCAGCAACACCAACGAGUCCCGAAGAUUACCCACUGUAACCAGUGGUGAGGUGAAGGAAUCCAGGAGGAGUUCGCAUCCCCACGGAGAUGGAGAGUACCGUCGCACUUCAAACAAUCAGAGAGAUGGUGGCGGUGGUGGGGAGUCCAGAUCCCGUCGGUCUGCCGAGAAAUCCAAUCCUGCCCAAAGCCGCAGGCAUGAGGAGCAAUCUAAGCAGCGAAGAAGCAGCAAUGGACAUCCCGGAGUGACCAAGCGGCAAUUUCCGGAUGAUCAUUUCGAGCGGUUGAAGCUGGAGAAUCGGGAGUUCCAGGCCCGGCGCCUUCAAGCGAGUGGAGCUGCAUUCCGGCAAAGUCUAAGUAAUCCCACCUCCGAGGGCGCUCUGCUCACCAAACAGGAGAACUUUAUUGAAAACCAUCGGCAGUACGACAGGCGGGACGUCCCGAGAAACAGCAAGCCAAAUAAUCCAAACAAAGAUGCCAGUCAUCGGAACCGAACUCAUAAUCGCAAGGUUAAUCCGAUACUUUAAAAUGGAUGGACACAGCGUGCGAAAGAAGCCCUCAUUUGCAAGCUGUGAAGAAAGCCCCUCUACAACCAGCGUAGAUUCAUGAAAGACCAUUCAAUUUGAGGAAUAUCCCAAGACAGUGGAGAUUGAUGACGUCACUAAGGAAAGACCAAGCAGGAGGCCAGCAGAGCUACCGAUCGAAAGCGAUUCGAAAGUUCCCAUACGUAGGAAUACACCUGUUGAAAACCCACAAAUCGAAAGCGUGGAAUCCAGCCGUGAGCAUGUGAAUAAUCCAGAGGAGUAUCCCUAUGUUGUGGAGAUACCCGAGCAGGAAGAAAAAAAACCGCAGAAGGGUAGCCAAUCUGCGAAAUCCAAAAUCAAAUAAAGCGAAGAAAUGGAGAAAAGAACUGCUCUCUUUUUCUAUGUUAUCCAAAUUAUUAAUUUUUGUAAGAUAUUAAAAUUCAAAAUAAAAACGUAACGUUUUAUGGGCAGCACUUGCCACCACAG